UGAUAUGGCAAAGGAAUCAAUUAUUUAUAUCUACCUGCCACAUACAGGGAACGAAGGUCCAUACAGCUUUGUUAUGUCAAAUAAGAGCCGAGCGCCUGGAUACGCGCUAGGAAUCAAGCGCUUGCCUGAUCGGAAAGUGGUGUCGAUCAUAUCAAAGGCGAAUUGGAAGUCUCUUCAGUUGGAACAUCGUUGUAAACCACGACUGGAAAUGCGCAAGAGCGUGAUGGAAAUGCAAUCAAUGCAAAAAACAAAACAAAAAAAGAGUUCCAGCAAGGUCCAUCGAAAGAAAGGAUAA